UGGACGCUAUACGUCAACCGUAGAAUUUCUGAAUACUUUUUUUAAACAUCUUGUCGAAUUUUCUUAUUGCUACCGAAUAUCUCUAUGCAAUCGUGGAAUGUUUAUCAAGUAUUGCGAAGACACAACUUUCCUUCCCGUUUCAAUGUAGCCACAUAUACUUUUGGGGAAAUGCGUGUUUUUCAAGCGUCCACCGAUAAGUUUUCGUUCGCAAUCCCAACCGGAAUUAACAAGUUUGAAAGUUGAAAGUGCAUUUUAAAAACUUAAAGAAAUUCUUCAAACAUGGAUAAAUAUCAAGAUACGAGAGCAUUCAUUUCGGCGGCACUUGAAUACUCUAAACAUCCAAACGAAACUACUGCAUCUGUUCUACAGAGAAAUCUUGGAGUAAUCGGAGCAUCCUUGGAUCUCAGUAUAUUUGAUCCAGGAUCUAGCAUAGCAGCAGAAUUUUAUGUGAGCCUUCACGAACUUAUGAACACUCUUGGGUCUAGAACUACCCUCAUCUGGACUGCAGUAGCAGUUUUACAAAAUGCCUGUAGAAAUGCCACUGCUAGACAAGCUCUGAUCCAUACUUAUAAAUUUGCUCCCAUCCUUACUAGAUUAUUAGAGGCAAACUUAACAGCAGAGAAACGAGUGCGUGUUUUAAAGCUUCUUCAGGAGCUAACUUAUGGUGUCAAAAUUUCAUGGCAAGAGGCUCAUUUACCCUAUUUAAUCUCGACAUUAACACAGUGGGUAACACAAUCCACAGAGGAAGCAGUUGUUGCACUUUCUCUAGGAGUUUUAGUCAAUUUAUGCUAUAAGAAUCUUCCAGCAGUAUAUACCUUAAUGCGUACUGUGGAUACAAAAGUAUUUGUACGAACCCUUUUAAAAAUCCAAAGCUGCAAUGUUAACACUAGAGUGCAAUGCUGCAAAUUACUCAUUAUAUUGGAGCACACAAAUAAGGAAAUCUCAGAGAAGCAUAUCAUAGACCUAGCAACAGUCACAUUCUCAAGUCUAGUGACAGCGUUAAGAGACAAGGAUGUACUUCUUUUGCGACAUAUCGUUGAUUUUUUUGAAGACGUACGACAGAAUGAACAUUCACGUGCUGUGCUACUAACAUAUUCCAAUUAUGCUACCGAUGUACAGAAUAUAUUAGCCACCCUGGAGGACAAUUCCGACCCGGAAUGCGUUGCUUUAAUGAUGGAAUUUCUAUUGUCGCUAGUAAAACUACAAUUACCAGCUCUAAUUCCAUUAUACCCUGUAUGCAUUAAAGCGGCAACCGCAUGGGUACCUAUGGAGCAAGUAUGUUCCAAAGCCCUGACACUUAUACGAACAGUAAUGAUAGAUUCUCGCCGCACCAAAUGUUCCACGGAAGUCUUGGCCGAGAUAGACUUAUCUGUCCUAAUGCUCGUUGUACAGUCAGAGGACGAUGAAAUGCAAGGAAACAGUAGCGGACGUAGCGCAGAAAUUCAAACAAGAUUAACAGAAUUAAUGCAGCUACUUCAAGAAAUGGCCAAGAAUCCAACUCUAAGAAAUAAAGUUAUGCAGGCGUUCAGUGAACAGAUGAUGCGCAGAAUGCUAAGUCCACUGCUGGAGCAGGAUGAAAUUUCAGCUGGGGGUGAUUGGCCAGGAAAUCUAUUUCAAGAUCCUGCCACGAGCCUUUAUGUACAUGCGCUAUCACUCACAGCUGAUUUAGCCGCUCACAAUUCCAACUGGUUGACAUUGUACGCGGAACUUCUGCGUAAAAAACAAGUACAAAUGGUAUUAGCUCUGGCGUUAUUUACGGGCGACGGUGAAGUCAAGCAAAAGGUUCUGCAAUUGACAUCUUCUGUAGGUUUUCCACAGGAAUGCGUUUCCGCAGUUGCCCGCUGUAUGGGUGAAUUAGAACCUCUGGUUCUAGUACAGAACGGAGCAGGAAAUAAGAGUAGCUUGAAUACACGAUUUCCGGAACUCUGUCAUGCUGGAGAAAUGGCUCCACUUUUCUCACUGGCUCAGGAAGGGCGUCUCGAUGCUUUCAUUGCUAAGCUGGAAGAGGCUUUCGAGAGUAAUCAAAUAGGAGACAUUACUACCUCUGCGGUCAUGGAAUUGUAUGAGUACAAGUUAGCUGCGAUGAGACACGCUGAGAAAGCUACUCAGGCUAGCUUGGAAGCAGCCAACAGUCAUGCCACGAGUCUUCAGCAUCGGUUAGCCCAAGUAGUAGCCGAAUCAAGUAGAUUGCACCAAAUGCUAUUCUGCACGCAGCAAUGCCUAGAAGGAGUACAAGCAGAAAAAGCUAAUUUGACUGGAAAACUUCGCGAUGCUGAGAUACAAAGUAGUAGAACGCACACAUCCCAGAUACAAGAAAUACACGGUCUGAAAAAAGUCCUCGCAGAAAAAUCCGAAGCGGUAGAACAAACCGUUCGACUCCUCUCAGAUUGUUCCCAGGAACUAGAAACCACAAAAAAUAAAGUUGAAAUAUUAGAAAGGAAGGUUGAGGAAUCUCGCGUGGAGCGCAGCAGUGCGGAAACUAAGAUCAAGGAACUCACUGGUAAAAAUCAUGAGCUCAGCAAGCUUCUUCAUAAGAUGCAGGAGACCCUUGGUAAAAAGGAGCAGAUCAUCGAGGAAAAGAACAAAGAAAUUGCAACGAAUCAGAAAGACGUCGCUGCUUUGAAACAAGAGAUACAACAACUAGCACGGCAGUGUCAUAGCUACGAAAGUACAAUAGCAGAAAAGGAAGAAAGUAUUCGUAAGAUGAAGGGAGAGCUAACGGAUCUGAGUCGAAUGAGAGAUAUGAUCUUCGAGCUGACUGCUAAAAAAAAAGAUGACAUAUCUGCAACUUAAUAAUUUUAAAUAACCGUCAAAAUAAAAAAUUGGAAUGUUGAAAAAUUCUAUCUAAAAAGCCACCGAGGCUUUUUGUCAGUGCAAGGAUAAGCUAAUAUGUAAUACCUUAGUGUAU